UGAUCUUCUGUUGUGUUGCUCUCGUGGUUAAAAUCAUGGCGGAUAAAGAUGAAAAUGAGAAAACUAUCGCCGAAGACUUGGUUGUUACCAAGUAUAAAAUGGCUGGUGACAUCGUCAAUCGUGUUUUGAAGCAAGUAUUGGGGAAAUGUGUUGUUGGAGCAUCGGUCAGAGAAAUUUGCAUUUAUGGUGAUGAGCUGCUUGUUGAAGAGACUAGCAAGGUCUUCAAGCGAGAAAAGGAUCUUAAAAAAGGAAUUGCAUUUCCUACAUGCAUAUCAGUCAACAAUUGUAUAUGUCACUUCAGUCCUCUUCACAGUGAACCUGACUAUUUAAUUAAAGAUGAGGAUGUUGUAAAAGUGGACCUAGGGGCGCACGUAGAUGGCUUUAUUGCAGUUGUAGCUCACACUAUUGUUCUUGGAGCUUCUGAAAACAAGAAAGUGACAGGAAGGAAGGCAGAUGUAAUGAUGGCGGCUCACUACGCUUCCCAGGCGGCGCUGCGACUGCUCAAAGCAGGAGAGGAGACAUACAACAUUACUGAUACAGUCCAGAAAGUAGCUGAAGCGUACAACUGUAAGCCUAUUGAAGGUAUGUUAAGCCACCAGCUCAAACAAUUCAAGAUUGAUGGGGAAAAGACCAUCAUCCAGAAUCCCAGUGACGCUCAAAAGAAGGAGCAUGAAAAAUUUGAAUUUGCCACUUAUGAGGUUUACGCUAUGGAUGUACUCAUAAGUUCAGGAGAGGGUGUGGGGCGGGAGAUGGACACGAGAGUUUCAAUCUACAAGAAAACAGAUGAAACGUACCAGCUGAAAUUGAGAGCAUCAAGGAUGUUCUAUUCAGAAGUAACACACAAAUAUGGGACAAUGCCCUUUAACUUGAGGAACUUUGAAGAUGAGAAGAAGGCUAGGUUGGGAGUAAAUGAGUGUGUCAACCACAAGCUGAUUGAACCCUUCCAAGUCUUGUAUGAAAAACAAAAUGAGUUUGUUGUCCAAUUCAAGUUCACUGUACUACUGAUGCCCAAUGGUCCUCAUAGAAUUACCGGUUUACCCUUCGAGGCAGAGCUUUACCAGUCAGACUUAGCUGUCAGUGAUCCUCAGCUUAAGACCAUUACACAAAACACAUCAGCAAAACCUAAAGCCAACAAAAAGAAGAAAAAGAAGGUUGGAAAGGCUGGAGAAGAUGUAGUCGGAGAAGUUGAAGGAGAAGCUUGAAAAGAAUCAAUUGGGAAACGGCGGAUUGAAUUCAACUGACUUGCAUAUUAAAUCAAAAUGGGAUGAGAACGGAUGCACAAAGUGCCACAAUUUGGAAGAGACUAUGAAGAAUGUUGAUUUUUUAAGGUAGAAAUUGGUUUUAUAUCAGUGAGGAGGAUUUUAGUGUUUUAAUUAAGAUUAAUUUUGUUUUGCCCUGGGACAGAGAACCUUUGUGCCUUGUUGGCUUUUUAUGUUUGAUUCUUUACAUGCAAUAAACAUUGAACUUUGUAAAUAAUUAUAAUGUUUGUUCAGUUUUCUUAUCAUUACAAUAUUGAUAAUUUAUACUUAUAUUGUUUCAUAUAAUCACAAAGUAUUUAGUUAAGGUAGGACAGCAAUAUUUGUCUUGUACCUGAUUCUCACUGUUAAUUUCUGGAAUUGUUCUUUACAUAUUAUUUUUAACAUUCUCAUUUUGUAAAAUAACUUACACCGCUAUUAAACUCAUUGACUCUUGUGUUUUUGAUUA